AUGGAAUUGCCACUUUUAUAUGUUAUGAUUUUACUUUUGAACAUUUUUGAUUUUUCAUCAGGAAUAACAUAUAAUAAAGGUGAUACGGAGAAACGCUUUGCUUGUGCUAGCGAAGGGUUCCCCCAAAAGAAUGAAAUAAUCAAGUUGUAUCUUUCCUCUGAUGACUUGAAAAUCCAGUGUUUUUUCCAAUCUGAAAUUGAGCUUACUUCAAAGGAAUUUCUAAGCGUGUUCACAUCAGGAGGACUUGCUCCAAGCUUGGGAAUCAUAAAUAGUACAUAUACGGGCAUCUUUCACUUUAAUUUAACUUUGUUCAGUGAUCGAGUUUAUUGGUUGAUUGAUAUUCCCAGAGAAAACAUUACAAAAAAUACAGAUAUUGCAGCUGUAGAAGAAUGGUUAGUAAGGAUCACUUUGCAACAUGGAUUAAAUAUUUAUACUACUGAAGGAACACUAUUGGAUAGUGUUCGAGAACCUAUUCUUCAGUGGAAACUUGGGACUAUAAUGACAAAAAAUGACAUCAGUAAAUUAUAUCCACAUGUGGUAGAUCUCAAAACAGCAAAGUGCCCAUGUGCCAAUGAUGUAGUGUUACUUGGCUUCAUUAUGAACACAACAUUUGAUGGUGUUUACAUAGGCCUCAGCUUUUCUGGAUUUUGGAAUUAUGAUGAUACCACGUGGUAUAACCUGACAGACAUGGUCUCUUCCCAAGUUGGAGAAGAACACACAGAGUUUUCCAUGGUGGAUAUGGUUUUAACAAAUCAUUUUUUAGUUAUCCUCACCUCUUUGGGUCUUUUUAUAAGUGGAGAUCUUCGCUAUCCAUCCUCCUCUGUCUUAAUGUUUUCAAGGGCAGACUUUUGUGGUUUCGAAAGGGUUGACUACAUCAAAGGAAAACUGUGGUAUAAUGAAAGAUGUUUUGCUAACAGAGAACAUUUUGAAGUUGAUUAUGUUACUAUCACCUUUGAGAGAAACAGGACCCUAAGUGAGGCAAGCUCUUGUUUUUAUAGUAAAGAACCAUUUCUUGAAUGGUUACCUUGCUUACCCCCCAUUUCAAAAGGAAUGAAAACUAUUCUUUCAACUGUGGUAACAUUUCUUGUUGACCAAGAGCAAAGUUCUGGAGUCUACCUCUUCCAUAACCAGAAAAAUACCACUGUCUCUGUGAGGAUCCUAAAAAACAACAAACCAAGAUUAAUACAAAAAUUUCCAAUUUUCUUUUUUCCUUCAUCAUUCUCUUCUCCUGUUGGAAUGACAUUCCACCCACGAAGCCAUUUUCUGUAUGCUUAUGGUAAUCAGGUAUGGCUUUCAAUUGAUGGCGGCAACACCUUUGAAUUAAUAGCUGACUUUCAUGAUGAUAUCAUAAAGAAUACUUAUCAUAGUUUUUAUACUUCAGCUAUUACUUUUGUUUCCCGAAGUGGAAAGGUUUACUUGACAAAGGCAGGGUUAGGAAGAUAUAGUAAAAUUGGAUCUAUUUCUGAUAAAAUUUUCACAUUAUACUAUGACCACAUGGGAUUCAUACAUAAACUGACUCCGGAUCAUUUUGAAGCUGGUGGGUCACUUGCUGCCUUUGGAAAUUCUAAAGGUAUUUUUGGACAGGCUCCUGACAUCGGCUUUGAGACUGUCCUUGCUCCACAGUAUAUCACCUUAAAUGAAAUGAUCUUUUAUGCAUAUGUGCCCGAGAAUGAACCGAAGGAAAGUAUAUACACCAAGAAAUUCAAUGACAUUCACCUUGGAAAAUUGAUACACUCCAGGAAAACUGGAACAGCUUAUAUAAGAAAGAUAUUGCAACAUAACACGCCUAAAGGAUUUUUGUCUUCAGUUAUUGCAGAAAUUAUAGACCCUUUUGGAAUAGAGGAAGUGAAUGAAAGCUCUUGUUUGUCUAGUUCCCUUUCCAUUAAUCAAGCUGGAAAUUUCUCCUAUAAGCUUACUCUUCAAUUACAAAGUGUUACUUCCUCAUUUCAAGAUUCGGAUAUAGAAAAGACUGUGGUGAUUCCCGGUUACAGCAGCUUCCUGAUCACAAGGAUUUUAGAUAAUGAGAAUGCUUUAGCUAUCGCUACCAUGCCUGAAACAGUACCCCACAAUAUGACCUUUCUACAAGGCUCUUGGUUCUUAUACAACUUUGGGCAAAGGGAUGGACGAACAUGGAACAUACGUUCAAAACCGUGUAAUUACUGGUUUCAACAACAUGAUGAUUCACUAUCCCUCAAUGUCCUGAAAUACAUUGAUCUGGGGAAAUCUCAUACUUUAAAAAUUAAAGUCAUACCUAAUACAAAAGGUGUUCAAACACUUGAAAUCCCACUACUGAAAGUAGUCGUUGGAAACCCAAAUUUGUUGGAAGUUAAAGUUGAAGGCCAUUUUGAUGACACUGAUAGUUAUCUAAUGGAAAUUUCUGCAGCCAGCAAAACUUUACGUCAAGGUUCAACUUCACUGGCGUUUAUUGUGUGGGGAGCAUCGACUGAGUGUCUUGUUACAACAUUCGUGCCAAUGUUGAAAAGCAGCUGUAGUUAUCUCAAGUCUAUGCAUCACAUUCCUAGUGAAAUUAUCCCAUUGGAAGACUGGAUGAGUGGAGUUCACAUGGACAGUCAGGGUUUUAAUAUGAUCAAAGUUUUGCCAAUAAACUACAGGCCUCCCUCUAAUAUGGGAAUAGCUAUUCCACUUACAGAUAAUUUUUAUCAUGCAGAUCCUAGCAAACCCAUACCAAGAAACCUAUUUCACAAGUCAAAGAAAUCUGGUAAAUUCAAACAGUGUGCAAAUGUGUCUACUCGGGAGGAAUGUAAUUGCACAAAUGAUCAGAAGUUUUCACAUGCUGUUGCUUUCUCAGAUUGCAGAGAAAAGGUUCCUCGUUUUAAGUUUCCAGUUACACAAUAUCCAAUUUCUUUGAAAAUUUACAGUGAGGAUGGACAUAUCCCAGUGGAAACUCCAUACCUGGUUACUGUGACUGAAGUGAAUAACAGGGAAAACUGGAACCUAAAACACACUGUGCCAGAAAAUGUAAAAAAAAUGAAAGGCUACUUAGAACCGAUUCUUCAUGCUCCAGUGUAUAAUCCUUUAGGCCUCAACCUAAGUAUAAAGGGCUCUGAGCUCUUUCACUUCAGAGUGUCUGUUGUUCCAGGGGUCUCUUUUUGUAACUUAGGUGAAGAAUUUCAGAUUUAUGUUGACGAAGCCCCUCUGCCAUUUCCAGGACACGCACUUAUUGCCCUCGCAACAGCUGUACUGCUAGGGGGAUUAAUUUUUAUAGCAUUUAUGUUCCAAAUACGUAACAUCCACCCAUGGGAUACAUGCAAAAAAUUGAUUAGGACAAACAAUGUGAAUUAA